GCGUACUUAGGAUUACAUACAUUUUUGUGUUGAAGGCUGAGCGAAAUCAGAGAAUUAGUUUUAACGGAAUCGUUGGAAAAUAAUAAGUGCGAGUCUAUUAUCAACUUAAAUAUUUUAUUUAUCACAGGCUCAUUUUUUGACAUUUGUUAUUGUUACAGUAAUAUAAUAAUAAUAAAAAAUAAUUACAACUGUAUGUAAUAUAAAACGUAAAAUAAUUCAGUGUCAAUAAAACCAGCAGACACAAAAAAUACAUAUUUUACAAAUAUUCACCCGGUAUAUCUAUACAUUUUUAUUAUACAUAUAGAUUCUGAAGAAAAUGACCAAGCCGGAGCAAGUUUUAACUAUCGAACCUCAGGGCGAGUUAAGAUUCCGUGGCCCAUUUACAGGUUCACCAGUCACAUCAUACAUAAAGUUAAUUAAUCCAACAACUCAAAAAGUAUAUUUUAAAAUAAAGACUACUGCUCCAAAGAGAUACUGCGUAAGACCAAACAGCGGAGCACUCAAAGCUAAAGAAGUUACUGAAAUAGCAGUUUGUUUACAACCAUAUGAGUUUGAUCCAAAUGAAAAAAACAAACACAAGUUCAUGGUACAAACAGUUAUAGCACAAGAAGGUGACAAUGACGACUGUGUCCACGAUGUGUGGAAAGACAUUAAUGAAGAUUUGGUUAUGGAAUACAAAUUAAAGUGCGUGUUUGAGAACCCAGUUAGCAGUAACACAUCCGGAAAAGUGUCCGCUGCUCCAACUCAGUCUAAAAACGAGCCCAGUACAGUUAAUGGAAAAAAUAAAGCCACUGGUGAUGGAGCUAAAUCGACUGACAAACAACUUAUCGAGUACGAAGAAAAGUUAAUGAAAGCCGCUGCAGAAGUUAAUCAUUUGAGGGUAGAAGAAAGUAAUUUGAGGCAGGAAUGUCUUCAACUCAAGGAAGAACUAUUGAGAUACCGAAAUAUGGAAAAAGGUGGAAACAUUACGUCAGGACGAAUGACAUCUGGGUCUUUAGAACGUAGUAAUCCACAACUAUUGAAUAUGACACCUACUCUAGCAAUUGCAGCGGUUGUUGUCUUGAUAAUUGGUUAUUUCUUCGGAAAAUUAAUCUGAGCAGUUCUCUUGCCCAACGUGUAUACAUCCUCAGCGCACCCGUUUAUCCCAAAUAUAUUUUAUUUAGCCUUCUCUCUUUUUAUUUUUACUAUCACAACUUCAUUAUAAUUCGCUAUUUAUUUAAUUUUCUCUUAAAAAAAAAAUAUGUUACUAAAAUUAGUAGCACAACGAUCCACUUAAAAAGUAAUUAUCAUCCAGCAGAUUAAUUUUUUUUUCUUAGAUUUAAAAUUAUAAAUUUAUUUUUAUUACCAGACUUUAAUUUUUUAUUCUGAUUUAAUUUCUAUUAUCAUUAUUUAUUUUAACAUUGUUUGAUUAAUAAAAGUAGUAAGAAGAGAAGGAAACUUAUUGAUCGAAUUUGUUUUUUUUUUGUAUUCACAAUAGAAAUAAAAAAUCGCUUAGGAUCAAAGUUUUAAACAAAAUAUUAAAAGUAAUUAAAUAAAAGUAUAUUUAAAGUGAGAGGAAAGAUAUUAAAUUGAUAAAUUGCGCUUGACAGAAUAAGUAUAUUAAGAAUAAUAAAAUGAUAAAAAAAUAAAUGUCGCCAAUUUAAUAAGAAAAAUAUGUUGAUUAUUGUUGAUCAUUCGACGUGAUCUGUUUCUAUUAUUAUUAAUAAUUAGUUGAUUAUAUUUGUGUAAUCGAACGAUGAGUAAGUGUUGAUAUUUGAGGCUCUGAGAAAUCUAGCCCGAUUAAUGAUUAUUUUUUUUAUCAAUUUAUUAAUUAAUUAAUUAAUAAACAGUGUAUAUAAAGUGUUGAUCAGCUGAACAUCACAGAGACAGAUAACCAAAAUAUAUCAUUUUUGACAUAGUUAUUUGUGUUUGAUGAUUAAUAGCUUUGGUUAAUUUAAUUAAGCAAA